GCACUUCCAGCGUACAUUGCCGCCAUUCCUGCUUGUUAGUUGCACGUUGUUGUGGUAAUUGUACUGAUUUUAGCCAUACAAAACAUCGACUAUGAGUGAAAACGGAGAAUAUGUGUUUCAGAGAUCAAGAUCAGCUUCCAGAGAAUCCAGGGACACUGGUGAACAUUCAGGAACAUCAAUAGGAGAAGAUGAUAACAAUUCUGAACCCUCACAUUCACUAUCUGUACACUCAUCUCGACUGUCAAGGUCCAAGUCUGGCUCUCCAUACAACUACAACAACCAGAGGCGAUCAGGCUACUCCAGGUCACGGUCACCACGAUCCAGAUCGAGAUCACCACGUCAUCGAAGGAGACGUUCAUACAGCAGAUCUCGCAGUCGAAGCCGAUCCCGUUCCAGAUCCAGAAGUCCAUAUGGAGGUGACAGGAGACGACGGCCUGGUAGGAGCAGAAGAGACCAUGAUAGGGGUCGCAGAAAUUCAUACAGAAGUCGAUCCAGAACGCCACCUAGGAGAGGAUACAGAGGGAAAAGGGACACAUCUCCAAUGUCAAAUAGACGACGACACCAAGGAAACCGGGAUAACCCAGAACCUACCCGGUGCUUAGGUAUUUUUGGAUUGAGUCUGUACACACAGGAGCGAGACCUUCGAGAUGUAUUCUCCCGCUAUGGCUCACUUGAAGAAGUGCAAGUCGUGUAUGAUAGACAGAGUGGACGAUCAAGAGGGUUUGCUUUUAUUUACUUCAGAAAUAUCGAAGAUUCUAUUGAGGCAAAGGACAGAUGCACAGGAAGUGAAAUUGAUGGACGAAGAAUCCGAGUAGACUACUCUAUCACUGAAAGAGCACACACGCCCACACCGGGAAUAUACCUAGGCAAACCUACAGCUAGUGGCUACAGUGGUGGGGGUAGCAGCGGCGGCGGCGGCGGUGGUGGUGGUGGUGGUGGUGGUGGAGGUGGCAGCAGCGGACGCAGUCGGAGAUCUUCAUCACCAUACCAUGGCAGACGAGGACGAUACAAUUCCAGAUCAAGAUCACGAUCGUUUUCCCCACGUGGUCAUUAUUGAGAGCUAUAUAAAACUCUCAACAGGAGGUAGCAGAUUCUGACAAUGUAAAAUUGUUCAUUACCAAGACUGAGCAUAGGGCCAUGCAGGCUCCUACAUGUGGAAAUGUUAACAUGGGCAGACAAUGGAAUAUUCUGUGUACAUAUUAUGUUGUUAACACCCUAGAGAAACUUACAGCCGUGUGUUAGUUCCACUAUAGUGUAUAUAGAGAGGGUCAUGCUUGGUAUUGUGUGAUACACAACUCAUGACAUUGCUUUAUUUGGGUCUCAUCAUAAUAGUUUCUCAAAUCAUUUCAUGUUGUUCACAAUUUCCUGCAUCAUUGUACCAUUUUUAUGAAAAUUGUUUCUCUGGACAUGUGCUAUAGGGAGAAACAAAGCUGGUCAUGGAUAGACAUUUACAUUAACAGCACAUGCAUGUGAAUAUGGUAGAUUUUUUUUUGCCAUGGCCAGUAAAAAUGUCCAUUAUAUGAAAUAUAGGCUGGCUGGGGGAAUUUUGUUAGAAUCUGUCAAUAGUUUAGUAUACAACAGUCACUAGUUAUAAAAAAAAAUUGUACUCUAAAACAACACCAUUUUAAAAUUAAAUUGCAACAUUGAUCUUGCGUGUAUGAAAUGAAUGAAGGAAAUGUGUAGGGUUUUGAGCAAUAUAUGAAAAUUUAUACUUGUCAAAUUUAUAACGAGAUUUUCUGAUGUUGUGCUUUGGCAGAGUUGUGAAUAAUAUCAGAUUUUGUAUAAAAUUACAAUUCCCUGUGAAGAUGGAAGUGUCCAUGCUUGGAUAGAUGUAUAUAAUCCUUUUUAUGGGCAUUUGACACAAAUUGUUUGUAUUGAUCAUUCAGCUGUUGAAAACUUGACACCAAGUCAUUUAAGGAUGUAUGUUUCCACUUGGCUCUUUUAUGUUGAAUAUUACAUUUUUACUGUUUUUUUAAUCACAUUUUUGUAUACGAAAAUGUUACACGUCACAAUUUAAACUAAGGGUGCAUAUUUGAAAUCAUGCAAGUAGGUUCAAAAUAUCAAGAAAAUAUUACAGCAUUUAUGCUUGUUUGAAACAUUACCAGACUUGUACUAUCAUGUCGAGAUCAGCUUCAUUAAAGAGAUGGUCUUUUAAACAUGUAAGGGUUCAGUAUAAAUAUAUAGAUACAUACACAAAGUGCUUAAAUGCAUAGAUAUUUGUAAAAAAAAAAAAAAAAACAGUUUAUACUAUAAAAUUUUCUAUUAAGAUCAGUAGAAUUCAUAUAGAUUCAUAGAAGAUAUCGGCCAAAAUGUGUACAAGGUCAUUUGAUUUAAUCCGAGCAAAACUAGAUAAGUUUUUUUUUUAUUCAUGAAAUCAUCUUGCAAAGGGAGAACAAUUUAAAUGUUAUUUUGUUUUGUUGCACUGACUUCUUCUAUUUUGCAUUAUAAAGGAUGAUGAAGAAAGAAAAUUGAAGAUUGAAGUAAGAAAUUGAAGAUCUAGAAUGAGCAAUGUUCUUCACAUGGUGUUAUGGGUUGAAGUAGUACCAAUAUUCCGAGAGAAGAACGAAGAAAUGUGGUCAUAUUAUUUGCAAUCAUUUUGGAAGAUUGAAGAGGUUCUGUCUAAAGGAUAAAUUUAGUCAGAAGUUUUUAAAGAAUGAAAAUAGAAGAAAGGUUCUGGAUUUAGAGUGCAAAAUUGAGAAUAGGCCUACGUUAUGCAUAGAAAAGAAUUGAAGAUUGGGAAAACGAAUACAAGAUGGGUUGAUGAAAUUUGAAGCAUGUCUGAAGACAUCUAUAAUCUUAAAAUGGGAAAGAAGAAUGAAGUACAGUGUGAAGUGUAGGGAAGACCGAAAAUUAGUGCAUGGUUUCUUGGUCUGGGUAAGAUUGAUAUUUUUUUUGUUCUCUAAAAAUUAUUUCAUCUCCUGCAAGAAAAUAAAUAAUCAAAAAAUAUUAUUUAAUUCAAUCUAUCUUAAAAGGUUCUGUAACUGAGCUGACUGGAGAAGUCUUUUAAUAUUUAUACAUUUUUUUUAAAGAACUACAUAAAGAUGUUCGUUUAGAAAUAACUUUUGUUGAAGAUGCAUGUUUUUAAAGCAAUACGGUGUAUUGAAAUGACAAGUUGUAAACUUUGAGAAAGAUUCUUAAGUGGUUCCAGUCUUGUAUUGGUAAGUAUUAUGUCAUUGUUAUGUAUGUUACCAACUGCUGUGGAAGUGUACAGAGAAGGAAAAGACAGGAUACGAACAGGAUGGAAUACAACUCGAAGGCUGUCUGGGAUCUAAAUCAUCAGGAUAAAAAUCAACACUUUCUUGAAUUUCCUUGUUGAGAUUUCAGAUUCAUUAAAAAUUAGAAACUUUA